UAGAUGCUGCCCUCCUGGAUCAUCGCUCUCCUCCUGCUGGCCACCGUCAGAGGAAAGGAGGUCUGCUAUGAACCUUUCGGCUGCUUCCCUGAUGAGAAGCCAUGGACGGGGAUCUUACAGCGGCCCCUGAAGCUAUUCCCCUGGCCCCCCAAGCUCAUCAACACCCGGUUUCUUCUCUACACAAAUGAGAAUCCCAACAGCUACCAACGGAUCUCCUCCACGGACCUGGCAACCGUGAACGCUUCAAACUUCCAACUGGACCGCAAGACACGCUUCAUCAUCCACGGCUUCAUAAGCAAGGGGGAGGAGACAUGGCUGACGGACAUGUGCCAGAAAAUGUUUAAGGUGGAGAAGGUGAACUGCAUCUGCGUGGACUGGAAGCGUGGGGCCAGGACAGGUUACAACCAAGCCGUCCACAACAUUCGAGUCGUGGGAGCCGAGACAGCGUUCUUAAUAGAAGGGCUGUCGACCAAGAUGGGCUACAGCUUGGAGAACGUACACCUCAUUGGCCACAGCCUGGGUGCACACGCGGCUGGCGAGGCGGGCAGGAGGCUGGGGGGCUGCGUGGGCAGGAUCACAGGAACCCCAGACCUUCUGGCCUGCAAUCACCUGAGAAGCUACAAGUACUACUCCAGCAGCAUCCUCUACCCCGACGGCUUCCUGGGCUCCCCCUGUGCCUCCUACGAGGAUCCCUAG